CGAUAAUAACCAAAACGAAAAUGAUGAAGAAGUAAUUGUUUCUCCGCUAACCACGGAAGAAGUUAUUGCCGGCGAGGUUCAAUUUUUUGAAAUUCCCGUUAUGGCUAAUAAAGAAACUGGUUUAGAUGAGUCUAGUCGGGUAUUACUUAAUCGGAUUCACACGGUGGAUAAAGAACUACGCUUGAUUGAAAG